AUGUCAACCACACAUUUGCAGCUGCUUUGCCCCAGCCUCCUGCUCCUCAACACGGAGCGGAAUGCUCCAUUAGCCGACGGCUCGCAUCAGUCCCCCAGCACCCAGAGUUUUCGAUUUGGCUCCUUUGACUUUUCUGUGUCCUCCUCUUCAUCUUCUACCAACAGAGCCUUAUCGAGUCAGAGCACCACGCGACUUCCCAAAGAGAAAAUGUCCAAGAACGGGAUAAUGUCCCUGGCCAAGGUGCUGACCAUCGACACCAUGAACCCAACCGUGAAGAAGGUGGAGUACGCCGUGCGGGGACCCAUUGUGAAGAGAGCCAUGGAGCUGGAGAGGGAGCUCAGUCAGGGGAGGAAGAAACCCUUCGCAGAAGUCAUCAAAGCCAACAUCGGUGAUGCCCACGCCAUGGGCCAGCAGCCGAUCACUUUCUUUCGGCAGGUGUUGGCUCUCUGCUCCUGCCCUGAACUGCUGCGUGACAGCACAUUCCCAGAAGAUGCUAAAAGUAGAGCAUGUCAUAUUCUGAACUCAUGUGGAGGAAACAGUAUGGGCUCCUAUAGCCCCAGUCAAGGUAUAGAAUCUGUGCGCCAGGAUGUGGCUCGUUACAUUGAGCGGCGGGACGGCGGUGUUCCCUGCGAUCCAGACAACAUUUACCUCACAACAGGCGCCAGUGAAGGCAUUGUGACCAUGCUGAAGCUGUUGGUGUGCGGCGAGGGUACGAUGCGUACAGGUGUCAUGAUCUCGAUACCUCAGUAUCCUCUGUAUUCAGCUGCACUGGCUGAACUUGGUGCUGUACAAAUCAAUUAUUACCUUAAUGAGGAGAAGUGCUGGAGUUUGGACAUCACUGAGUUGAAGCGUGCUUUGGAUGAGGCCAGACUCUACUGCAACCCCCGAGCUCUGUGCAUAAUCAACCCUGGAAACCCUACAGGCCAAGUUCAGUGCAGAGAGUGCAUAGAGGAUGUGAUUCGAUUUGCUGCUAAAGAACGUCUCUUCCUCAUGGCUGAUGAGGUGUACCAGGAUAAUGUGUACGCUGAAGGUUGCCAUUUUCACUCAUUUAAGAAGGUUCUGUUUGAGAUGGGACCAGAAUACUCAGAACAUGUUGAACUGGCAUCAUUCCACUCCACCUCUAAGUGUUACAUGGGAGAGUGUGGUUUCCGUGGAGGCUACAUGGAGAUAAUAAACAUGGACGAUGACGUGAAGGCACAGUUGAUGAAGCUGUUAUCAGUCCGUAUAUGUCCUCCUGUUCCAGGACAGGCUCUAAUGGACCUUGUGGUCAACCCCCCGCAGCCUGGGGAGCCUUCAUAUGAACGGUUUAUCAUGGAACGUACAGCCACAUUAAGCACCUUGGCAGAGAAGGCAAAGCUUACAGAGCAGGUUCUGAACACUGUGCAGGGCAUCAGCUGCAACCCUGUGCAGGGUGCGAUGUACUCCUUUCCUUCUAUAACCAUCCCUGAAAAGGCCAUCCAAGAAGCCAUGGAGACGAAACAGCAGCCAGACAUGUUUUAUUGCAUGAAGAUGCUGGAAGAGACGGGAAUCUGCCUCGUACCUGGAAGCGGGUUUGGUCAGAAGGAUGGCACCUACCACUUCAGAAUGACCAUCUUGCCACCGACAGAGAAGCUGAAGGUCCUGCUGAACAGAGUCCAGGAGUUCCACCAGAAAUUCACGCAGCAGUACUCUUAA